AUGGUUAGGUCUGUGAGAGUGAGAGGAUCAGGAAGCAGAGGCGGAGAAGACGGGGAAGACAGAAUCUCCCAGCUUCCUGAAGAAAUCAUUCACUCCAUCCUCAAUCGCCUGGAAUCUCCAGCUGAAGCCGCCGGAACCAGCGUGCUGUCGAGAAGAUGGCUCCAACUGUGGCGACGCUACCCUUUCUUCGUGUUCCCGCCCUCAAAAUCAAAAUCCAAUUUCCGCAGCUUCGUCGCCUCCAGCUCCAGGAAGCUGCAGCUGCCGCUGCCGCCGUGGUCGUCUUCGGACUCGGAUCACAGUUGCUGUGCAACAAUUCAGGAUUUCAGUAUCUCACUUCUCGAGGAGGAUGGUUUUCGGAAGGAGGAUCUCGACCGGUUGCUCUCGUUAAUCGCGAAUCGUGCCGAUGGAUUAUUAUCUCCAGUUAAGUUUGUGCUUCAUGUCAAGCCUUAUUAUCCCUUCUACUACAGUUUGCAGCGGUUUCCGAAUUGGAGCCGCACAAAAUCCAUCACCCUCAGUGGUUGCGAUCUCGCUGCUCUGGCCGCCGAUCACGAUAAUCACAUUAAUGGUUUGGCUUACCUGGGCAGCCUCGAGCGCCUCACUCUGGAAUAUGUCAAUCUCGGUGAACAACUCCUCCACAGAUUCCUGGACAAUGCUCCCCGCCUCGUGUCGUUGAGUCUGGAUGUAGUUUAUGGGAUUGAUAGGCUGGAGGUGGUCUCUUCUCCUCUGCUCCAAUCGCUGCGAUUGCGAUUGUGUUGCAUCAGAAGCCAUAAUCACUCCGAGAGAAUGCGCAGGCUGAGGAUUUCGUCUCCAAAGCUCGAGAAGUUGUGGAUUUGGUCGGGGUUGGAGGAGCUUGAGAUUGACGCUCCUGAUCUCGUUAGUCUCUCCUGGACCGUUUGUCCUGACGACCCCGUCACCAAGGUUAAUCUCGUCAAUUUGGCAUCUACUUGCCGGUCCGAAAUUCGCGUGUGUUCGCCGUCCAUCACCUUUUCGCCACGGUGGUUGAGGGCGUCCCUCUCCUCCGCAUUCAGUCAAUUGCAACGUCUGAACUUGGUUUUCGACUUUUUUAUCUACUUAGCAAAUGAAAAGGUGUGGCUUGAUUUAACCCAGGCUGAAUAUGAUUCCGCACCUCGAGCAAUUGAUCAGAUGGAAUUUGCGACGGCUUGGUACUACGUUCGUUGCGAUGACGUAGCUGCGCGGUUUUUAGAACUUUUCUUUUCAAUUUGUCAUCCUGAAUUCAUGUCGUUCAAUGUUUGCCACGGUGCCCAUCGACGGAUUGCUCAGGUAUAUGCACCAUUCUUUUGUUAUUACACAUGUAUGCGUGAAUAUUGCCCAUGA